AAUAGUUUAAUAUUGGGUGGAAGUCGCACGCAAUGUUGGUGGCACAUACCUGGUUGUGGAAUUUGCCCUGAAAGUUUGUGAUCAACAAAUGGCUAAAUAUCCUUUUGGAACUUGUUUUCGUUGAAUGUUGUUGGACUGUAUGCUGAAGUAAUCCUGCAGUAGAAAUGGAUAUUCCUGUGCUGAGCCUUUGUAUUUGCUGUGGACAAUCACACCUGCCUCAGGAAAAUCAUUCAUAUAAUUAUCAAGAUGAAAUAGAUGAUGACCUCGUAUGUGACAUUUGCCUGCAGCCUUUGGUGGAGCCAAUGGAUACGCCAUGUGGCCAUACUUACUGCACUUUGUGCCUUACUAACUUUCUACUUACCCAAGAUUUCUGUCCCAUGGAUCGUAAGCCCUUGUGUCUGAUGGUGUGCAAGAAGUCAAGCCUGUUGGUGCAUAAACUGUUGGAUAAAGUAUUGGUCCUCUGUCCAUUUAAGGAAUAUUGCACUGAAGUCUUGCAGCGCUGUGACCUCGAAAUUCACCUACGUCGCAGGUGUAAAGGGGCGAUCCAAUGUGGACUCUUGAGAGAACGAGAGGAGCAUUCACAGGAAUAUUCUUCAGUAGGUGAUACAGAUUUAGUUCCCGAGAUUCCUGUAGAAAGCAGUGACAUGACAUCUACUGUGCUUUCUCCACAACUGUCUGCACCUGUAGCUGUGGCCUUGACAACAAAUGACCCAGGUCUGAUAAAUCCAGCCUUUGAAACGGGUUCAGAGGACAGCCAUUCAGAGAGCAAUUCCAGCACCCACAACAAGAGUAGUAUAAAGAAACACCGACAGUUUGAUCGCACCUCAGUGAGAAGCAGAUCCUUUAAGAAACUGAAUCGUGCUUUCAGCUAUCUCCGCAAGACUACCAACACAAAUCUAGUUGACAGCGAUCCCGGUGAAAGUGUGCAAACUGCCACUCUUUCAGAUGAAGUAUCUCCUAGGUUACAUCACCUCAUUCCAGAUGGUGAAGUUACAACCAUAAAGAUUGAUCGCUCUGAUCCAUAUGUAAGCCUCGGCAUCAGCAUUGUGGGAGGAUGUGAAACUCCGAUGGAAAAUAUUGUCAUACAAGACAUUUAUCGAGAUGGUGUCAUUGCUAAAGAUGGCAGACUUUUACCAGGGGACAUGAUUCUUGAGGUAAAUGGUACUGACUUAAGCAAUGUGCCUCAUAACUAUGCACUGGCAGUAUUGAAACAACCUUGUCAGAUCUUGUUGCUGAGUGUGCUCCGAGAGCAACUGUAUAAAUGCAGAAAAAACAUUGAAAAUAACUGCUCCAGAGAUGACAGCUUCCAUGUAAUUCUCCAUAAGAGUGCUGAUCAACCCCUGGGAAUAAAAUUGGUCCGCAGGUCUGAUGAAUCUGGCGUUUUUAUCUUCAGUUUACUUGAAGGUGGUCUUGCUGCCCAAGAUGGCCAACUGCAAGUUCAUGACAGAAUCCUCGCGAUCAACGGACACGAUCUUCGUCGGGGAUCUCCGGAAAUUGCAGCGCAUUUCAUACAGAUAAGUGACGAUCGAGUGCAUUUUAUUGUAUCAAGAAGGACAAGGGAACAAACCCCUGAUAUCUUGCAAGAAAGCAGCUGGAACAGCAACAACCCACCUAGUCCUAAUGAAAGAAAUCUGCACAACAAGAGCUUCUUUCAUGCCUUCACAUGCCAUGAAAAGAUCAUCAAUGUCAGCAAAGAAGUGCACGAGUCCUUGGGAAUGACUAUAUCAGGAGGCCUACUAAGCAAAGGCUGGGAUCUCCCAAUCUAUGUUACAAAUGUGCAUCCCAAUGGAUGCUUGGGGAAUGAUGGAAGAAUAAAAAAUGGUGACAUUCUAUUGAACGUAAAUGGCAUUGAACUUACUGGUAUGACACAAAGUGAAGCGGUGUCCAUUAUAAAGCACAGUGCGGCCUCCUCUUCAGUUAUUUUCAAAGCUUUGGAGCUAAGGGUAGCAGAAAAAGACAAUGCUGAUGGCCAAAUGUCUCCCAACUCCAUUCAAAACAAUUUAUCUGAAGAGGACUGGUCACCAUCAUGGAAUAUGUGGCUAGUAUUACCACGGUAUCUUUAUAUGUGCAAAGAUGUAGAACUGAGAAGAAACACAUCUGGAAGUCUGGGAUUCAGCAUUGUAGGUGGAUAUGAAGAAAACCAUGGCAGCCAGCCCUUUUUCAUAAAGUCCAUUGUUAAUGGAAUGCCAGCUCACAAUGAUGGAAGACUGAGGUGUGGAGAUCUAAUUUUGGCAGUCAAUGGAAGGAGCACCUCUGGAAUAAGCCAUUCCUGUCUGGUGAAGAUACUCAAAGAAAUAAGAGGAAAGGUUAUUCUCACUGUGGCAUCUUGGCCUGGCAGCCGUCUCUAGAAUGGAUUACAAUGCUGUUUAGAAUAUGGAAUAUAAUUAGUGGAAGCUAAUGAUUCACCAAAGGAACAUCAUUUUAAAUCCCAUUACUCAAAAUGGCAAUAUAAUUAAUCCUAAAGCCUUUCUAAAAACAUCUGGAGUCCCUAUGAUUUUUUAAGUUAUAUUUUCCAAAGUAAAGGUCUAUUUGUUUAAAAACUCAAAUGGGACAGGAUGUUUUGAAAAAAAUAAAACUCAAAUGCAUUAAUGCACUUCAGAAAGUGCAAUCUCAAAUUUGUUGGAUGGGAUUGAAAUUUUCACUAUUGCAUUUUGGAUUGCAAAGGACAAAAUAUUUCGGGUUUGUUGAUAAAUGGUUUCUCUAUAAAUGUUGCUUGUCAAAACAAAUCUCUUAUUUUGGGAAAAAAAAAUCCUCUUGCAAGAAUGACAUACAACUACAAUAAAUCUUACCUCUGAAAUAA